AUGCUGAACUGCGCACUUCAGUGCGUGUUGAAUUGCACAGUUCGGUGCAUGUUGAAUCGCGCGUUGAAUUGCAUGUUGAAGAUUUCGUGCGUGUUGCACUGUGCACGGUCGGGAGAGUCCACGUCAGAAGACGAGCACACAAUCGCAUCUGACUCCUCAACUGACAACAGUGCAGCACCAUCCACCAGGCGUCGACGUCCAGUUCCACAGACACGUGACCAUAUCCACAACGGGUUCAUCCUCUACCGCAACCUCGCCCAAGACGUCUUCUUACUCACCCGUCAGCAGCGCCAGAACAACACUCCAGGGGGCAUCUACCUCGCCGAGGCCUCCACCAUGUUUGCAGGUGGCCCGGUCACCCGCGAGCGCAUUGAGGAGCUUGUCGACAAGCUGAAUGCACACGCCAUCUCUAGCUUGGCGGCCCUGACACCCCUCAAGCCCCGUGUCGUUGUCCAACGAAACGAACCGAGGCACGCGCUAAACACACGCCUCAUGAUGCUGCAAGCGCAGCACCUGAGCAAACGCUUGGUGGUUUGGAAUGCGGACCACAUACCACACCAACCCCGUGGCACAGCCCCACAGGCUCCGCUCACCCGUGUAGAGCAGGCUGUUGCCAUGCGUGUCAAGGACGCCGAGUUCGAUCACACCACGGCGGACACAUGGUACUAUGAAGGCGCCCCUUACAUCCUGCUGGAUACCGCCUGCGCUGAAGCCGGCGCGUUCCACAACAAUGAGGUUGAAGCCUGUGGCCUUCUAACGGACGAGCAAGAACCACCAGAUGAUGGCACCGGACCGUACCGGCGGCUACAGUACCUCCCUGCCGCCAUCCUUGUACACCCGAUCCACGGUCACAAACCCACCACGAUCCUGCAGGGCUCGCACGACCUCGCCAGCCACGGUGCUACUUUUGCGCUCCGACCCCGUGCCAGCAAGGAGCCUGCGACCGUCCUGAUGCCCGCCACCAACACCGGCACCGCACCCAAAGCCAUCAAACGCAUCAACUUCGGCCUCGGUGACUGGUUCGUUGUCACGGACCACUGGGUACAGGGCCGAACAUUCCGCGAGUGCUGGGUCGUCGACCUCAGUGUACCACCGAAAGGGAUCAAGCGUGCCACUCUCUUCGUCCUCCUCACCCGCUUCAAAUCCCUCGAUGACAUUCACCUCCUGCGCCCACUCUACACCACCCCGACCGAACGCCGCAGCGUGGUCACCGCCUUCCAGCGCGCCACCAGGCUGACCGAUGACCUAGCCGCUGAACUGCGUUUGCUGGACGCCACAGCAGCCGACACACGCCGACGCUACCGGAACGAAUUCCGGAUCAGUAUCGUGUGGGAAGCUGGCGCUGCCGAAGAAGUCGUCAUUGUCAUGCAGCAGUUACCGAACUAUGACGAGUACUUCGGCAGUGCCAGCUUUGCAGACGAUAGUGACCAUGUGGCGUACGCUGCAUACGACUGCUUAGACGCUGACGUUCGCCGCACAGGCCUUCCGGACGCAAGUUCUAUCGGGUUACUGACCCGGUACGACUUGGAUCCAGAAGGACUGGACAGCAGCCACCCGCAGGUAUGCGUGUGUGGUGGCAUUGUAACGUACGACUGCAAAGUGUACGUGGGCUCGCCGGUGUAUGCCAUGCAUGGUGCAUUGAAGAGGGCACGGAGCACGAACGUGUGCACUGUCCGCUGA